AUUACUCAGCCCUCGUCCGCGUCAGGUCGACUGCUUACGUCAUCAUUAAGCGUCAGUGUUUAUCAUUAAAAAGUGGCUAGUUACGCGUUACAAAAAACCCAUUCCUCUCGAUUAAAGACUUGGAUAAAACAUAUGUCAGCAGGGCCUUGAGCACUGAAUGAGGUCUCGUGUUUUCUCUGCGUGGUCCUCCUUGUGGAGCUGAGAUGGGCCAGCAAAUCUCUGGCCAGGCUGUGAUGGGCAAGCUUCCUGAGAAGCUACUCAAACAUGCCGGAUUAGUGCGAGAUAGUAGCUAUCUCACCUACGAGGAGUUUCUGGCCAAUAUAGCAGAGCUGAAUGAAGUAACUGCUAAGCUGGCAGUUGGCCAACCAAAGCAUCUCCUCUUUGAAGUUCAGCCCGGAUCUGAUGCGUCUGCUCUGUGGAAAGUGGCUGUGAGGAUAGUGUGCACCAAGAUUAAUAAGGAAGAUGGUAUGGUGGAAGCUACACGCAUUAUGAACCUGUAUCAGUUUAUUCAGCUCUACAAAGACAUCACCAGCCAAGCAGCUGAAGUGCUGGCAGCAGAGGGCAGUAUGGAGUGUUCCUCUGGACAACUUUCCUCUGCAGCCUCCUGCCAGGCCAGCAUGUGGAUGGGCAGGGUGAAGCAGCUGACGGAUGAGGAAGAGUGCUGUAUCUGUAUGGAUGGAAAAGCAGAUCUUAUUCUGCCCUGUGCGCACAGCUUCUGUCAGAAAUGUAUUGAUAAGUGGAGUGGUCAGAGUCGAAACUGUCCCAUCUGCCGGAUCCAGCUGACGGCUGCCAAUGAAUCAUGGGUAAUGUCUGACGCACCUACAGAGGAGGACAUAGCCAGCUACAUUCUCAAUCUAGCUGACGAGGCUGGCCACCCUCACAGACCUUAAGCUGAAGCACUGCAUCACUUUCACACUCACUGUCUCUCAUUAUUAGACUGAUAUACUAACUGUAAGAUGCUAUUUUGAAUGAAGUAGGUUAUUGACGUGAUCUUUGUUGUCUUAUUUGCAGGCAGCAAUAACCACUCACUGGGCCUCAUUUAUCAAGCUGGAUACAAACUUAGUUAUUUUUAAAUCAUUCACAGCAACAUUUAUGCAAAAAAUGUGCUAUUCGUGAAAAUCCAGUUAGUUUGGAAAUUUGCUCGUGUCAUACAAGAGCUCCUGAGUUUGUGUAAAUUUACAUUUCAUAUUAAUGACUUGAUAUUAAUGAAAGCAGUCCAAAACAAACCUGUAAAUGAAGACAGAUGAGACUAGCUAUUCAGUGUGGACAAAAGAAAUGCUGCCAUUUAAAACGAGAAAGAGGUAGUGUGCGCCUACGGUAUCCAACAUACUGCAGUAGCUGUGCUGCAUUACUGGAAAAUUUAGCACAUGCAGCAUGAAGGAGGUGUUCUUUCACCAUUUAGUUGUUUUGUUGUAUUCAGCUCACUGUCAGCUUUGCCUUUUAUGAAGUAUCGUGGGCAUCAUUAAAUGCAAAUCAGCUGUGCCAUGAAUGCACUUUAUGGGUGAUUUGUAUUUAUCAACAUAUGCACUUGAGUAUGAAGAAAAUUACUGAAACUUUUGCAGAUUUGGCAGGAAUUUUUUUGUUCUGUUUGGCUUGCGAAAACAUUUACACACAAUAUUACUAAAAGAUUGAUAAAUGAGGCCCAUUGUCGUUUAGAUUUAUGUGAUUUGUUCAACCUCACUCUUUCAGAAGACAUUAGAGAAUAUUUCAAAUUUAGAACAUUUUUAUUGUGUGAAAUUUAUUGACUACUUGCUGCUUUGAUUUUUAAUCUCUCAUUAGCUGUGUGUAUGAAUGAACGAAAAGAAAUGUGAGGGUUCUAGCUACUUUCCUUGUCAAAGUGACUGUCAAGUGACUGUCUUGAGAAUGUACAAGUGUAUAAUGUUUUCUUUUAUUUCCCAGAAGUGUUGGAAGUCACUUUUUGUAGGCUGAAUAGAAGUGCAUCUACUGUGAGUUCUGCAUUAGACACUGUUUCUACUGCUGACCUAACUAAGAUCAGUAAGGCUGCUUAACUAAGGUGUUCUGGGAAAGUGUUUUCAUAUAGGUCACAAUAAUUUAGUGGUGAUUAGGAAAAAU